CUCGUAACAUUCACCAAAAAUUGAUUUGCUCAGCCAAUCGAUAGCCCUCCUCCUAAGUGUUGCUCAGUUUGCGUCCAUCGAUGCGGCUCCAUAUCAGUAUUUAGCAUUUUCCUUCCUGCCUCGCAAUAGUCUGCCCUGCUGCACGCAAAGAAACCCCAUCACAGCCCCAUUGCAGCAAAUGAGUCACAAAAUGGGCAAACAAAAAAGCAACACCGCGUAAGGUCGGCCCCCCAAAGUAUGGUAGGCAAAGUAUUAGCAGCUACGAUGAGCAACGUUUGCGCUUCCGAAAGGCACGGUUGAACGGUGGUGGUCACUGCCGUCUGCUGCUCUUAUCAAAACAUCAUCACAUCUCACUGCGUACGAACAAGUGGCAGUUCAAGGCGGUUCAACAGCAAACGCAUUACAAACCUCUCUUAGUACGCAAUACGAUGGAUGCAACGAAUAAGCAAUACGCACUGCGAGAUAGAGCCGAAUUAUCAGCGUUCGUUAAUCAGCCGUUUAGAAACAAUAGUCGCAUUAAGUUCACCUGCUUCGACUGUUCGCCGAAGUACUUCGUGUUUGGGGCCAACUCCGGAAGCCUUUAUCUGUACGAUCGCAUCACGACCAGCUUUCUGGCCAUCUUCCCUAGUCAGCUGGGCACCAUCGGCAAGGUAUCGAUUUCCCACAACGAAAAGCAAAUCGCCAUCGGCAAUCAGACUGGCUCAAUCGGAGUCCUGCUGGAGCUGGAACCGCCACACGUGAAGGAGAUCCUCAGCACGGAACUAGCCCCGUCGACCGAUGGCGAGGGUCAGCCGAUCGAUCUGGGCGGGCCCGCAUUUGUCACGAGCUUCUGCUGGACGGAGGACGACCGGGAGCUGUACUGUGGCGACUCGCGGGGUAUCGUGUCGCUAAUACAGUUCUCGCUAUUCAUGGGUCGAAACAUCCUGAACAUCAGCCUACAUCCAGUGCUGCUGCUCGAAAAUCGUAUAGUACAAAUAGAUCGCUACAAGGAUCUGCUGUUGGUGUCGACGCUUUCGAAGUGUGUACUUUGCAACACGGCGAGGGAAGAAUUUAAACAGAUCGGUAACCGACCCCGGGAUGGACAGUAUGGCGCAUCGUUCGUUAUCGCUCAUCCGAAUACCAACGCAAGCGCCGCCACCACCACCACGCCCUCUCCCCCGCUGAUGAUUGUCGAUGAGGAGGAUGUGCGCAUAUUUUGCUCGCGGCCCGGUAGCCGCCUGUGGGAAGCCGAUCUCGAGGGAAACGUGAUUCGGACGCAUCAGUUCAAACAGGCUGCUGCGGCGGCGGCGGCGGUAGCUGCCAGCCGUCGCCGCCGCAGCCACCAGCAGCAACAGCAGCAGCUACAGUGUUUGCAAGAGUCCGAACUGGCGACGGCACCGACGGAAGCGCCCGACGGCACGCUGAUGGUGGUACCGUUCCAGGUGCUGUACUCCAUUCGCCGGCAGCUGCUGCUGGUGCACGAUCGCUGCCAGCUGUUGAUAAUCGAUCCGCUGCACUCAAAGAUCGUGCUGCGCACGGACGAGUUCACGGACAUCACGCACGUGGCCGUGGUGGACGAGUGGAUCUACUUGCUCACCGGCGAGAACCGAGUGUUUCAGGUGCGCGUGGAAAUCCAGGGCGACGAAGACCCAUUCCCAACGCCCGGCAUGGUGGACGAACCGUGUCUCGAGUCGCGGAAACAAAAGCAGGGCGUGUACAUACUAGACAGUAUGCUCAACAACAACAACAACAAUGGAAAGCAGCUGAACGGGAAGGAAAGCCCCCUGCUGCUCUCGACGGAAGCCACCAUCAAGGAGGCGCUCGUGUCGGUCGUUCGCGGCAAGUACGGGCGCAACAUUAAGCAAAUGUUUAUGGGAUACGAGCAGCAGCAGCAGCGUACGCCCAACGGUGCACCGGAGCGACCGAAAACGUUGAAUCUUACCAAGAUCUACGAACCGAGCCGUUCGAACGCGUUUGCCAACGGAAACGGGCACGCACUGCUCGCCGAGUUUGGCAUUGAGGCGGAGGUGGAGGAUUUGGAGUGCGACGACAUGAUGGAAGAGCUGGUACAGACCCGCACCGGACAGGCGCUGCUCGGCACCGCGAUGCCGAACGGCGUCGGGACGGGGAAGCAACAGCCGGGCAAGAAGAAAUUUUCCACCUCCCUGCUCGACGGAUACGAAACGUCGGAGGACGAUGCGACGGUCCGCAAUCUGUAUCUGAUCUUCCGCUCGUCGAUCAUUAGCAAUCUUAACUUUGCCGACCGGUACGCGAAGAUUUUCGACGAGUACGACACGGAAACGAUCGUGCGGUUGCUGCGCAAGCUGGAAACGCUGAUGGAGGAGAACGAGGAACCGAACGCGCGCCUCAAGUGUAUGCGCAUAUACUUUCACUAUCUCAAGCCGGAGCUGCUGUGGGAGAUCGAUGCCGACUCGCGCCAGUUCAUCAAGGAUGGGUUCAUCGUGUGCAACACGACGGACGGGGCGGAUCGGGCGUGCUUGGAGCGUUUGGCGCACUGUGCCGCCUGUGGGUACUAUCUGGAGGCGACGGCAUCCUGCCACUACCGGGAGAUCGGAACGAGCCUGCUGCAGUACUACUGGUCGCGCAAAGAGUACGACGAGUGCUUUGCGAUGGUCAAGCGCGUACCGUACCUGUGGCGUACGAUCACGCGCUACUACAUUCAGGAUCGGCGGGAAGACAAGGUGGUGCAAUGCGUCUGGAAUCUGGCCGAUCCGGAGCUGCUGGAGCGGGCGGCUGGCGAGCUGCCGUUCGAGCUGGACCACUGGCGGCAGCUGUUCGAGCUGGCGAUAGCCUAUCACCAACGCCACGAAAUGAUCUGCCUGAGCUGUGAUAAACCGACCGGCGGCCGGCCGGAGGACAAUCAGCGUGACAAUAGAUCUGCCGCCAAGGCUCACGGUGGCGGUGACCAUCGUGCGGCGGGUAGCACCGAAGCCGAAUCUCAGUUUCGCCAGUGGAACUAUCUGCUCGGCGUUGCGCUCGCGCACAUUCGCUCGCCGACCGAGCUGCUGUGCCUGGUGCGCCGUUACGCGGACAACAUUCCAAGGGGAGCGAUUGCCCCCAGCUUCUACAUUCGAUGUUUGCUGCUGGAAGCGAAGUAGGCUAGUGCACCCACCACACUCCGCCUGUGUGUGUGUGUCUGUCUGUUGUUAGGCAGUUGCCCGGCGUAGGUAACUGUAGCUCACGCUUCGGCCAGGGCGCAAGGAUGCGCCCUGUACACGUAACGCUGGCGUUAUUCGUACUUGUGUAUUGCCGCUUGCCAUUACCACCCACCGCGGGAUAGUUGCUUGCUGCCUCUACUAGACGUUUGUUCAAUGUCCGCUCAUCGGCUUAGCGAGGGGCACGGCCAAUGCUGCUGCCGUUGUCCCGUACCAACGCAAAUAUAUUUGUAAGCUUCACAAUGUCGCGCACACCGACCAGCCACUGAGUUUGAAAUGCAACCAAUAACAGCAAAACUAGCAAUGCCAAAUAAUUGUAUUGGGCUAAAAGGAGCAAUGAAAAUGCGAGAAAAUAAAAGUGUAUUUUCUAGUGAAAA